CGGCCGGCGACGGCGGGUGAGGAUGAAGAAGGGCAUGGCGCGGCGGCGAGCGGGCGCCUGCCGGGCCUCCUCCGCGGCUCGGCGCCCGAGGUCGGAGGCGGGGAUACGCAGAGCUGGGGCUGGAGGGGGCCGUUCUAACAGCCAGCGCGGGCUCGGAGUUCGGGGGUCGCUCCAGAGUUCGUCCUCCCGCCUCAGAAAUAUGACCUGCAAGUUUGGUCGUAGGAUUUUAGAAUUUUGGCUCCUGGAAGGACCUCGGCCAUAACCCAUCCCUUUACCGGACGCGAAAACCUAGGCUCCCCCGCCCUGUGCCGAGCAGAACCCCCUACCUGUGUGAGGACCGACGCUUUGUGGAUAAGAAUGUGAGGUAUGGGAACCUCAGACAAAGGGCUCGUGGGGUAGCUGGUCCAUCGUCUUUCAGAAUGAGAUGGUACUUUUGGGGGAUAAAUCUUUAAGAAAAGGGCGUUCAGGUGGCAGGUGGGAGAAGGGACACUCCAGAAGGUGCGGUGGCUCUGCCAGUCCCGGAGUGUCCACUGGCCAGAUCUCCCUGGGCCUGGUCUACCUUUGAAGCUCAAGAAGGAAGCAGAUGGACUUGCGAAGACAAAAGGAGCCAUGUGUGACCAGGACUGGGGGAUGGUCGUACUCAUGCUGGAGACUCUUGUGAGGAGAUGAGUUGGUGAACAGAGAAGCCAGCAUGAAGAUGCUUCCCGGAGUGGGCGUGUUUGGGACUGGCAGCUCUGCCCGGGUUCUGGUCCCACUGCUGCGGGCAGAAGGGUUCACGGUGGAGGCCCUGUGGGGGAAGACUGAGGAGGAGGCGAAGCAGCUUGCCGAGGAGAUGAACAUCACCUUCUACACCAGCCGGACCGAUGACGUCUUGCUGCAUCAAGACGUGGAUCUGGUGUGCAUCAACAUCCCCCCUCCGCUUACCCGACAGAUAUCUGUGAAGGCUCUAGGCAUUGGGAAGAAUGUGGUUUGUGAGAAGGCAGCAACCUCGGUGGAUGCCUUCCGGAUGGUGACAGCCUCGCGCUACUACCCUCAGCUGAUGAGCCUGGUGGGGAACGUGCUGCGCUUCCUGCCUGCCUUCGUGCGCAUGAAGCAGCUGAUUGCCGAGCACUACGUGGGUGCAGUGAUGAUCUGUGAUGCCCGCGUCUACUCGGGCAGCCUGCUCAGCCCCAACUACGGCUGGAUCUGUGAUGAGCUCAUGGGCGGUGGGGGCCUGCACACCAUGGGCACCUACAUUGUGGACCUGCUGACCCACCUGACUGGCCAGAAAGCCGAGAAGGUACAUGGGCUGCUCAAGACCUUUGUGAGGCAGAAUGCAGCCAUCCGUGGCAUCCGGCAUGUCACCAGCGAUGACUUCUGUUUCUUCCAGAUGCUUAUGGGUGGGGGUGUGUGCAGCACAGUAACACUCAACUUCAACAUGCCAGGCGCCUUUGUGCACGAGGUCAUGGUGGUGGGCUCUGCGGGACGCCUUGUUGCCCGGGGAGCUGACCUCUACGGGCAGAAGAACUCUGCCACACAAGAGGAGCUGCUGCUGAGGGACUCGCUGGCUGUGGGCACGGGGCUCCCCGAGCAGGGGCCCAAGGAUGUCCCGCUGCUUUACCUGAAGGGCAUGGUCUACAUGGUGCAGGCCCUGCGCCAGUCCUUCCAGGGGCAGGGGGACCGCCGCACGUGGGACCAUACCCCCGUCUCCAUGGCCGCCUCAUUCGAGGAUGGGCUCUACAUGCAGAGCGUGGUGGAUGCCAUCAAACGGUCGAGCCGAUCCGGGGAGUGGGAGGCUGUGGAGGUGCUGACGGAGGAGCCCGACGCCAACCAGAACCUGUGUGAGGCGCUCCAGCGGAAUAACCUGUCAACUUGGGCAGAGUUGAAUUCGGGUGAAUCUGAAGGUGGCCCCAGGAGAACGCCCCCUCCAGUGCUCAUUUACUCCUCAGACUGGUGAGGCGGUGCCGUUCCUAUUGCCAUGGCUGAGAGGGCCGGCACACUGCACAGGGCGGAGCUGCCCCCAGUGUGUGAGCAGUUCCAGCAAAGGCUUGACUUGGGGGCUUCAUCAGCCUAUUUGUGGUCUUAACUGGAUGAGAAAGCACAGCAAGGAGCCAGCUUGGCUUGAUUCCUCAGGCCUGAGGAGAAAUGACAAGAGGCCUUGUUUCCAUGCCCGUCCUGGGCUGGGGCAUCUCAGGAAUGGUGAGGGCAGGAAGUCAUCCCUCAGGGAUCUGCACCUGCCCUCGCUCCCAUGUGACCAAGCCCUUCCGGCCUGCAGGCUGCCCCUUCCCUGGCGGGGAGGAGGGGUUCUGUAGUAGAUGAGCUCUCAGGGGCUGUUGACCUAGGGCAGAGGGCCCCUGAGUUGGCAGAGAGGAGACAAGGGAGAGCUCUGGGACAUCUGAUAAAUGUUAAUAAAUCAGAAAGUCUGACACUGUGA